GAACGCGUCAUAUGAAAAAAGUCGGUCGAAAAGUUGCAAUUAUUAUUUUUAUUGUCAGUAAUUGCUUGUAAAAAUGAGUUUUAUGCAACCAAGUCCUGUGAAAUACGCCUGCUCCUGCGGCAUAUUGAAUCCCAUCAACAAGUUGUUCUUUUGUCGUCACUGCCCAAAGUUAAGAUGUGGCUUUUGUGUUUCGCAUGAAAUCGAGUCAAACUUUUGUUCAAAUUGUCUGGAAAAUAUCCCAUCCACGGAGGCGCGCCACAAGAAAAACUGCUGUGCGAACUGCUUCGAUUGUCCAUGCUGCCACCAUACGUUGUCGCCCCGUGCCACUGCCGUGCCUGUGGUGCGCAAGUCGGAGGAGAGCAAGGAUAAAGACAAAGAGGGCGAAAGUGGUGCAGAUUCUAGCCCUGCUACGCCCAGUACAAAGCCUUCUGCACUGCCGACGACUAAGAAAAUGUACUAUUUAUCCUGCUUGUCGUGUCGCUGGACCACACGCGAUGUAGGCAUACCGGAUCAGGGCGUGGCCACUGGCACUUGGCCCGACAAUGAGAGCUUAUACCAGGCACGCUUCAACACGCUUAUGGAGUACUAUCAGUCGCUGGUGCUACAGGAAAAGCAGGAGAAGCAAGAGUUUCAGCGGCGCAAGGCGCCUAAGCACAACAAAUAUCCCAGUCUAACCGAUCGCACUGGCUUGACUGUAUCUUUGAUACGCCGCCAGAUAGGCUGGAGCGAUAAAAACCUGUCCAAGACGAAGCCAGUGAAUAUAACUCCAGCUGAGGCAAGCGCGGAAGUGGACGAUCUGCCCGCAGACAUUUUUACACAGCCCAUAAAUUUGCGUAGCAUUACCACAAUUUCGCAGCGUCACAGUCAGCCAGCGGAUCAGCCAGAAGCGGUUAACAAGCUCUAUCCACAGCGCCGCUCGUUGUGGAUCAAGCGCUCGUUGCGCUGUCGUCAGUGCGAGCAUAAUCUCAUCAAGCCAGAGUACCAUCCCACUUCUAUCAAGUAUCGCAUACAGCUCUUUGCCAGCUAUCAUGUGCCCGAAGUGGUUAUGGUGCGUUGUGAGCAGCCGUUGCAGCCAGGACAGGCCAAUGCUAUAUUGUUAAAGUUCACCAAUCCUACCAUGUUCGACAUGACCAUCAGUUUGCUGGAAACGGCGCCACAGGAAGUGCUACAGCAAGCGUGCCGCAUCAAGGAAGAGGCUGUGACAUCCUCGCCGCUGCUCAAGGCCACUGGUGUUACUCUAUCGCGUCAAAACUCCACGCGUGAGAUAAAGCGCGAAGUGCUUGACGUGGCCAAUGCUAAGCUAGUACCGCUGGAGUCGCCAUUUGUGCUGAGCCAACGUGAUGACUCCAAGGAAUUCGACGAGGAUGUGCAGGCCCCCAGCGAGGAGCCCAAAUUUAUAGUCUGGCGCAAGGCCAACAAAGUACUGCUGCGUCUACAGUUCACGCCAGAUGCAGAGCUAAAGCCGGGUCAGUUGGUCACCUUGGGCUUUUACAUGCAGUAUACCUAUGUCAACACCGUGUCUAACACGCAAGACAAAAAGGAUCCCACAACACAUGCGCUGCACUCACGCAUUUUCAUUGAAUCUGGCAGCAUUGGCAACUAAACAACAAUAACAACUGUAUGAAACUAUUGAAAUUAUCAUGCUUUUAGCAAUAUUUAUUAAUAUCUAUUAAUUAAUCAACAAUUGUGCUUGUAAAGCGUAAAAGUAUUACAGAUACAAAGAUACUGCAACUACUAAAUUUAUGAA